AAGCGACCGCAGAGAAGUGGUGGGACUUCUGCAAGUGCUUCCGGAGAGGUCCCUGCGUGGGGAGUUCUGGGCGCUGCGGUUCAAACUAAUGCAGAAGAUGUUUUAUCACAUUUCCCUGGAGCACGAGAUCCUCCUGCACCCACGAUACUUCGGUCCAAACUUGCUCAACACGGUGAAACAGAAGCUGUUCACCGAGGUGGAAGGGACCUGCACUGGGAAAUAUGGCUUUGUGAUUGCUGUCACCACCAUCGACAAUAUUGGUGCGGGUGUGAUCCAGCCAGGCCGAGGUUUUGUUCUUUAUCCAGUGAAAUACAAAGCUAUUGUUUUCCGGCCCUUUAAAGGUGAAGUUGUGGAUGCUGUGGUCACUCAGGUCAACAAGGUUGGACUUUUCACAGAAAUUGGGCCUAUGUCUUGCUUCAUUUCUCGACACUCCAUCCCUUCAGAGAUGGAGUUUGAUCCAAAUUCAAACCCCCCUUGUUAUAAGACCAUGGAUGAGGACAUUGUGAUUCAGCAGGACGAUGAGAUACGCUUGAAGAUUGUUGGGACGCGUGUAGACAAGAACGACAUUUUUGCCAUUGGCUCUCUGAUGGAUGAUUACUUGGGACUCGUGAGCUGAGGGAGGGAACCUCUAGCUUGGUUGGAUCCUGAUUUAGAAAGUGUGACUUUCCGACUCGAGUUCAGCACCAACUUAACUUUCCUACCAGAGGUUUAAUCUGGCCACUGUUAGGGAGGCUGUUUUCUUCCCGCUGAGCUGUGCCCUGAGAUUUUAUUCUGUGUUCUAACCAUAAACAUGUCCUUGGUUCUCAUGAAAAUGUUGUCUUCUCUUGGUAGGAAUUAAAGCUGUUUUUUAUUCUA